ACACACACACACACAAAAAAGCCCUAUCUGACAUUUUUUUUUCUGCAACGCUGGGGCUUUUGUGGCUUUGAGAGGACGUUUCGUAAUGAUAUAAAACUGAAAGGAAGGAAGGAUUUUUUCAAACCUCCGUCUACAGCAGUCGCCUGCUUCUCGUUUCCCUGGUUGGUGGAGAGUCCGAAUAGUUUUUUCUUUCUUCUUGCCUGAAUGGUUUGACCCAUGAUUUUUGGGUGUUAAUGCUGGGAACCCGCUUGACUUUGUCCGCCAGGAGCAACGCAGAACAAGGAGGAGAAGAGGGGACGGGGGGUGGAUCUCUUUCUUUCUCUUUUCUUUUUUGUGUUUAUUUAAUUUUUUUUUUUUUUACAUAUAUACAGCUAUCGGGUUCCUCGGAUCGUCUGGUUCAGAAGCAACAGAGGGAUUAAAUAUUCCUGCUCGCAGCGCCCUGUUUGUGCGAGCCAGACUGGCUUACAUUGUGAGAGGAACGGUUGUGGCAAGAGAAAGAAGGGCUAUAAAUAGCGCAUGCAAUUCUCAAAAACUAUCACAAGUGGUGCAUCAGCUUGUGGAGCACACGGAAUCAGAUAUCCUGCAUGGCAAUUGCCCUUUUUUUUUGUAUUGAGUUGAUCUUUUUUUUUUUUUUUUUUUUCCCUUGCAGCGUUUCUAUUUAAAGUUUUGACGCGUAGAAUUUCUACAUAUUUGGGCUGUUUUCUGAGAAAGGAGGAGAAAAGGAGUGGUUUUCUCAUGGAUCGGGGCGAUUUAAUGAUGAAACUACAUGCGGAAAGACUGAUUUGGAGACAAGCCGAUCUUCCUCUGCGCGUGGAUUGAAAUGGAUCUAUUAUAUGACAGUGAUCGCAUUUGGAAUCGCCUGACCUGGAUUGUAACAAUGUUGUGAUCUCUCUCUCUCUCUCUCUCUCCCCCCCCCCUCUCUCCCCACAUUAUCUCCCUCUCUCUCGCUCGCCCGCUCUUUCAACACACGCUUGGAUUUAUACGCACGGGCUUUAUGGAUGCAUUGUGCACUUCGUUUUGAAUACGCCCAUUCUCUGAUACCGACCAUCCCGAGUCUAUUAUCCGCGGCUCUUGUAAGACUCGUACAAGGGAACCGAUUUGUCACCCCUGAUCGGUGUUUGGAUACCGAUGUAAGGAUUUCGACAUGCCCUGCGCUGGCGACCCCAAAGGCGGACGAUUAUGACUGCAACGGCGAAUUGGGUGGCUAACGGGGCAAGCCUUGAGGACUGCCACUCCAACAUCUUCUCUCUGGCGGAGCUGACGGGCAUCAAAUGGCGCCGCUACAGCUUCUGCAGCGGUGGGGAGUACGGGCCGGUGAUCUCGGCCCCGGCCCAGGACGACCCGGUCCUGCGCAGCUUCAUGCACUGCGUACAGGCCAACCUGCUGUGUGUGUGGCGUCGCAAGAUCAAGCCCGAUGCCAGGGAGUUGUGGAUCUUCUGGUGGGGCGAGGAGCCCGACUUCUCUGAUGUCAUUCAUCAUGAGCUGAAAGUGACUGAUGAGGGGCUUUGGGAGUGUGGACUGUCCUAUGAGUGCAGGACCCUCCUGUUCAAAGCCAUACACAACCUGCUGGAAAGAUGUUUGAACGAUAAGGGCUUUGUGAGGAUUGGAAAAUGGUUCUUUAAGCCACAUGAACUAGAAGAAAAGUCUUUGGGCAGCAGCGAACACCUGUCCUGCUCCUUCUCCUUCUUCCUGCACGGCGAAAGUAACGUGUGCACAAGCGUGGAGAUCGUCCAGCACCAGCCUGCGUACCACAUCACGGAGCGCCACAUCCGACUCGCACAGACCUCCUCCACUCCGGUGCAAGUGAUUUUGAGUCCGUAUGGCCUGAGCGGGACCCUAACGGGGCAGGCCUUCAAAAUGAGCGACCCCGCCGCUCGGAAGCUGAUAGAGGAGUGGAGCUACUUCUAUCCCAUGGUGCUUCCACAGAAAGAGGGGAGCGGAGAGAAGGAACAAAAGGAGGGAGGGCAAGCCUACGACCGCAGCUCUCACGUGGCAGUGGAUGUCAUCGUAGGCGGCGUGAGGAUGACCUACCCAGCUGCUUUUGUGCUGAUUGCCCAGGGGGACCUACCGGUGGAACAGUCUCCACCUGUUCCUGCAGCCCUGGGCCUCAACAAGGAGCUGAACAACUGCAGCGUGCCGCUGACUCCGCCGACGUCACCAGAGCAGCCCUGCUCCGCGGACAGUGGCUUUGUGACCUCAGCCUCUAAUGUCCCUACACCGGACAGCGGCAUGGGGAUCACCACUUUCAGCCCAAAGCAUUCUGGGAAGAAGCUGACCUGCCAGGUGGUCCACCAGGCCUGGAGGGAAUGCUAUCUCAAGCAGUCUCAGUACGUACCAAAUCAGCUCACUGAUGCGUUGCAGAGAAAGGAAGUACCAAACGCAGUUGCUACGUGGAACUUUAACGAUCUUGGAGCACGAACACCCUGCAGCUGCUCCAGGUUAAAGCAGCAGAAGCUCAACACGUCCACCACAGCCGCUGCUAACAUUCAGCCUUGUUCCAGCUCUUCGCUGUCUUCAGGCCCGUCAUUGUACACCACCUCCGUGCCAAAACACAAGACGAGCGAGAGGCCGGAAAAGCCUGACAAACAGUCAAAAAGGCCGGCUGUGAUUCCCUUUCACCACCGUCUUUCUGUGACGGAGGAGUCCCCGCUGGAACAGGACUCACCUGGAGGACCCCAGCUUGGUGCCCUCGUUGCGCUUGAAUCACCGCUGGAGCCCCUAAGCUCUCUGCCAAGUUGCAAGUGUUCCAAGUCCCUCGCUAAUGAAAGAAAAGCCCCAGAGUCCCUUCUUCAUUCAUCCAUGUCGCCACUCCCGCCCACUCUCAGCCCGCACCCCCGGAUGCAGGACCCGGAGGUUCUAGACGCCCCCGUAGACAUGCUUGUGUGUUCGGAUGGGGCCUCAGGUCUGGGGGUGAUUACCAGCGAGACAGCGGUCUAUACUGCUCAGCUGAGGCAGAGGGAGAGCGGGUCUGGCUGGUGGAGAGGCUUCAGGACUCCCAGGACUGAUAAAAGUGAAUUCAGGCCCCCUGAACUCCCCACUGAGAAAUUAGAGCAAGUGGAGACAGAAACAUCCACUGUAAACAAUGCAUUUAAAAGACUGUACAGUCGGAGCCACAAGAGAUUUAAAAUCUCAGAAGAGAAGGUGGCGGAGCACAUCCACGCUCUGGGCCUGUUUGUGCAGCCGGGCAUAGAGGCUCUGCGAGAAACUGGAACUGGGGACGAUCCUUACGACUUCAAGGAAGGAGAUAUUGAGUAUCCGUUCCCCUCUUCCAAGAGGUUGAAGGGCUCUGGGCGAGAAACCAAGCAGAAAGCAAAGGGAGAGGAAAUCACCAGCAACGGUUCACUGCCUGAUGGAAAAGAUGCAAUGUCUAUUUUUAACUCUGCUCCAAAGUCCGAUGAUUUGGGUCAAGACGAUGCUCCCACUAAAACUAAUCCUUCUCUGACCGAAGAGAAAGAUCUGGCAGUCAACAUCUCAGAUCUGGAAAACAUACUUGAUGAAGAAGAUGGAGGGCCUGUUUAUCCAAACCAACACUCAACAAAGUUGCUGGUGUCAACAGAAGAUCGUCUCAGUGGCAAAGAAGGAAGAGUUAAUGUAUCUUAUCCACCAACAGUUGCAGAUCUCCAGCGAAUGUUCCCCACUCCUCCUUCGUUGGAGCAACACCCAGCAUUUUCCCCCAUCACGCCGUAUCGAGACACACCGAGUCAAGAGCCCCCCGCGCCCAUCGGAGUGACGGACUACCUUCCGUCUUUGGCCCCCACCCAGCUCACUGAGUACAUGAUGGAGAUGGAGGACGGUGCGACUAGUCCCAGGCUGGAUGAUAUUAAGCCACAGAUAGGAUCCUCCAUGUUUGCGCCACUCUCCUGCUUUCCCAGCCAAACUUUACCACCACUCAAGAUCCCUGAACAAUGUUACUACCGUCCAUCCUGGGCGCUUUUGCCCAAAAUGGAGCACUUUACACCCAUCAUGCAUCCACAGAAUGCUGCGUUCACCAAGGAUGGAUACACGAACACUCCCAGUGUUAACACCCUCACAGACCAAGACUAUGUCCAGAUGAGUGUCAACACUGCCUCUGUUGGCACCACUACCGGCAUCCUUCCCUCACCGGCAACGCCACGCUUCUCCGUGCCAACCCCACGGACUCCACGUACACCAAGGGGAAUUAACACUGCCAGCUCAGGGCAGGGCUCAGUGAAGCAGGAUGGUACUGAGCUCAGCUCGCCAGCCUCCACCCCCUCCACCAGCCUGCCGCUUAGCUCUGUGGAGCAUUUAGCUAGACCGGGGCCCCCCGUCCCUGAGGCCCACAGCCUCUAUGUAGUCCUCUUGCUCUCAGACUCCGUCCUCAGCAUCUUUAAGGAUCGUAACUUUGACAGCUGCUGCAUCUGCGCUUGCAACAUGAACGUCAAAGGCGCAGACGUCGGGGUGUACAUCCCAGACUCCACUUGCGAAGAUCAGUACCGCUGCAUGUGUGGCUUCAGUGCCAUCGUGAACCGGCGGCUGGCUCACGGCACCGGUCUCUUCCUGGAGGAUGAACUCGACAUAUUUGGUCGGACUUCUGAAGGAGGCAGAGCUGCCGAGCGGAGGCUCGCUCUUUGUCGCCGGGACCCGACGAUGGGAGACUCCAGAGCUAAGCAGUCCCAGGACGCUGGUCCUGGCUCUCCGUCGGUCAUGGUUGUCAUUCAGGAGCAGUGCUCCCAGCCAAUUUCCUGUCUGACUUCGUUGCACCUUCCAAUUAAUUCGUCUUGCCAUGGCCGCAAGGGAGCGCUCCUCCAGAGCUGGAUGUCUGAAAAGCAGUGGGCAGAUGCGAGUGACGCUUGUGUGGACUGUUUCAAUGCUUUUGAGCAGGGGCUGCAGUAUGUGGACAACCCUACAGGAGGGAAAGUCGACCUCACUGUCGUGAGAAGCAGUGCUAUUCAUUCCUGGCCUCACACAAAUGUGGUGGACAUGAGCAGGUUGUCGUCACAGGAUAUGGUUCGAAUGCUGCUGUCCAUGCAGCCCUUCCUGCAGGAUGCCAUCCAAAAGAAGAGGACAGGACGGACCUGGGAAAACAUCCAGCAUGUUCAGGGUCCGCUCACCUGGCAGCAGUUCCACAAGAUGGCUGGAAGAGGCUCCUACGGUUCGGAGGAGUCACCAGAGCCCCUGCCAAUCCCGACAGUGUUAUUGGGCUAUGACCGAGAACGAGACUUCUUGGCAUUGUCGCCCCUGGCUUUGCCUUUCUGGGAAAAGUUGCUGCUGGAACCAUACGGAGGACAGAGGGACGUCGCGUACGUGGUGGUGUGUCCUAAUAGCACCUCGCUGCUCGCGGCAUCACAGGCGUUCUUCCAGGAGCUCAGUGCUGUUUACGAGACGUGCCGUCUCGGAAAGCACCGCCCUUUGUCCAAGGUAUCCAAGGAUGGCCUUGUCCAGGUUGGGCAGGAAGUGGAGCCAGAAAAGCUGGAGGAGCUGAAUGUCGAUCAGUGGCUGAGUGGACAGUGGGCUGGCCAGCAGCACAGCGACAACAUAAGCAAACUAAAACUAUAUGCUUAUGCCUUGAAGCAGCAACUAGGCCCUCAGCUUGCAGCCCUGACUUUAGACAGCAGUCUUCUGUUGCCUCCCAAGCCGCAGCCUCCUGUAAACAACACGUCUUCCUCUGGACAGCCUCAGACUUGGAGUGCUGACGGAGAGCAAGCUUCGGGUGCUGUCAGUGCAUCAAAUGCAUCAACCCCGGGUGGAGCUCUCUCAAGUCAGCCUGGAGAGAUAACCCAAGGGGGAUCCAGCGAUUCAAAGGGCCAGCCUAGUUCCACGCCAGCAACGAACACACCAGCGGAUGCUCCUGAACUCUCCUCGGAGCAGACGCGAAUCGGCAUCCCCACUGAGGCUGACUCAGCAGACAGCAUUGCAAACCCACCAGCAGUCGUUAUUUAUGUCGUCGACGCUUUUCUCAGUUCAAGUGGAAUGAGACAUGAAGGGGGAGAGGAGGAUGAAGAGGAGGGUGAAGAAGUGGAGUCAGGAAGCAUUUGGCUUCUCGGGCUCCUUCGCUGCUACACAGAAAUGCUGCAAAACUUGCCUGAGACUAUGAGACCGGCACUGGUACUACAGGUGGUGCCGUGCCAGUAUCUCCUCCAGCCAGCGAGUGGAGAAAGCCGCUUGUACCUGCAGCACCUGCGCUCCAUGGCCUUCUCUUGCUAUUCACAGUGCAGACGGCUGCUGCCCCAGCAAACGUAUAUCAAGUCGCUUACUGGUUUCGGCCCAGUGUCCACUGUCAGUUCGGUUCUGAAGAGCCCCGAGUAUCCUAGACCACUCCAGCUUUACUCGCCACCCUUCAUACUCGGACCGAGUCGUCCAAAGCAUCCAGAACCAGGAGAGAUAUGGGCCGAGGUCCCACCCAAAUUCAACGUGCUCUUUGUAGGAUACUGCCUGUCUCAUGACCAACGCUGGAUCCUGGUGUCCUGCACGGACCAGCAGGGGGAGCUCCUGGAGACCGGCGUUAUUAACGUUGACGUUCCCAAUAGAACGAGGCGUCCUAAAGUAUCAGCAAGGAAGAUGGGACUGCAGAAAGUGUGGGAGUGGUGCAYUGGCAUCAUUCAGAUGACCUCCCUGCCUUGGAGGAUUGUUAUAGGACGGUUAGGCAGAUUGGGUCAUGGGGAGCUUAAAGACUGGAGUUCACUCCUCGGGGAGCAUUCCCUCCAAUCAAUAGGACGGCAGCUGAGGGAGGCUUGUCGUGUGUGUGGCAUCUCAGCUGCUGAUUCUCCCUCCAUCCUCAGUGCCUGCUUGGUUGCCAUGGAGCCCCAGGGCUCAUUUGUGAUCAUGCCAGAUGCGGUGACCAUGGGUUCUGUGUUUGGACGCAGCAAUGCUUUAAACCUACAGACAUCACAGCUGAACACACCUCAGGAUGCUUCCUGCACACAUAUCUUAGUCUUCCCAACUUCUGCCACCACCCAGCUGGCUCCCAGCUCCUACCCCACUGAAGACAAUAAUGAUGACAUGUUCCCUGAUCUUCCCUUCCCUGAUGAACUGGAAAACGAUAUCGGCCAUGACAUGAUGCUGAUCACAUCUCUUCACUCACCGCCCAACACCUCUCCUGUGCCCUCGCCUGGGUCACCAUCAGGGAUUGGAAUGGGAUCACAUUUUCACCAUACCAGAAGCCAGGGAGAGCGCCUGCUGUCCAGGGACAACCCUCCAGAGGAGCUGAAGCAGCAGCCGCUGGCUCUGGGCUACUACGUCUCCACCGCUCAGGCAAACGGACUUCCUCACUGGUUCUGGGCGUCCUGCCCACAAGCUGAGAGCCAGUGUCCGCUCUUCCUUAAGGCGUCUCUCCACCACCAUAUCUCCAUAGCGCAGUCAGAUGAGAUCCCGUCUGAUAAGACCAAGCGGACCCCACACCCCUUAGACUCAAAGACCACCUCUGACGUCUUAAGGUUUGUGUUGGAACAGUACAACGCCCUCUCCUGGCUGACAUGCACACCUGCCACACAAGACCGUCAGUCCUGUCUGCCUGUCCAUCUUGCCGUCCUGGUCCAGAUGUACAACGCCAUUCUGAACAUACUGUAGCUUUGUGGACUGAUGGGAGUCUACAGUUUUUUUUUUGUGCCUCUUUAAGACCACCAGAGAGCGCCAGUGCUCCUCUGUUGCUUUGAAGUAGACGUGGAUUUCAUGGGCAGGGCUGAAACGUGGAGAAGUGAGGUCAGUAGUGACUCCGUGAUGGUGGCGUGCAAAGAGCAAAACGGAUGGCUCACCCAAAAAAAAAAAAAAAGCAUCAUGGGCAGCACAUAAGCAUCCGAGGAAUGGAGUUCUGGCUGCAAAUUCGGUCGUCAGAGCAGGACAACAUAACUCCACGCUGCGCAACCAGCAGAUUGCAUGAUAACACAAACACAUGGAUUUGUCUUGUCAGUGACGCUUCCAAAGUUCUACGGUUCUGCACUGGACUUGCAGCUGGUCGCGGAAACUUUACUUUUGCCUGGGGGUGGGGGAGCAUUUUCACCCCACUUUUUUCCUCACUUUCUAAAGUGUUGCAGAUACACACGCAAUGAAAACUAUUUGACAAAAAAAAAAAAAAAAAAAAAAAAAAAAAAAGAUGUGUUAUUUAUAUUGUAAGGCAUACAUUUACAAAGAAUUGAGACUUAUUUUUUAAUAUUUAAAAACAAUGAGAGAAAGAAACAAAGCCUUUUUUUCCCCCAAGUGACUGUUAAUUGUCAUGGGAUGCGAAAUGAAAUGUCAAUUCAAUGCAAUUGUAAAAAUGCCAUAUUUAUACAGAUUAUAUCAUGUCUUAGAAUUUGAUAUAUAUGAAUCUAAAUAAAUAUAUAUAAAUGUAAAUACAAAAAUAUAUAUUACCUCUCGCAAACAGGCACUUAACGAUGGGGACGAGGGUGGGCAAAGCCGACCCUUUGGAAGUGCGCACACUUAUGAUGCAUUUUUGUCCUUUUUCUUUUUAUUUUCUUAACUUACGGACAUUUUUUUUAUUUAAUGAGUUUAACUUAAAUUGAUGCAGAAAAUACAGUAUGCUGUAUAUUUAUAAGGUAUUCAUAUUCAGCCAAAAAAAUAAAUGACAAAACUUGAAAUAGGAAGUAAAAUUUGCUGAUAGUUCAAAUUGAUCGGAUAUUUUAAGAGAGACCCAUUUAUUUCAUUGGCUUUCCUAGAUGAUGUCAAGCAAACCAUCAAAAAGGCUCAGCUUCUUCCGCCUCCCUCGGUCUGCUAUUUGUUAGAGUCUAAGCAUGUUUGUAUAUACACAUUUCAGAUUUUUGGGGGGGUUAUUUUUGCUAUUUUUGUCAGAGCUGUACAUUUCAUGACGGUUGGUUUAUUUUAAAGUAAUUCAUAUCAUUUUUUUAUGAUUAUUGUUUUUUUUCCUGCCGUGAGUUUUUUGAGAUGCAUUAUGUGCAAAAAGUCAUUGAAUUCCAGCCAGUUGCCAAGUAAGUGUACACAUAUGUACAGACAAGUGCAAAAAUUUGUUACAUCUGUCAUCACUUUGAAUAUUAAACAGAUUACCUUUAGUGGAAGUGAUCUGUUACUUUUACACUCUUUUUUUAGUAAAUUAUUAAAACUCUUGAGAAUGA